CUGUACCUCUGAUUUAUCAGUAUCUUUGCUCAUUGAUGAAACAAUAUUCUCAUCUUGUUUCAACUCCUCUUUACUCGUUUCAGUUUCAGAAUCGGAUUCAUAUGUUUCUAUUGCUCUUUGUCUAUAUUGUCUUGGUUUUUUAGACUUUAUAAUUGCUCUUGGUAUUUCAUCUUUAGUUGCACUUGCCAUCUUGUUCUCUGUUGUAUUUUCUUUUCUCUCAUCCAUGCUACUUAUCAAAUUCUUCUUUUCUUUUUCAGCAUUCCUCUCCUCGAGUCUAUCAUUUUCAUCCUUAUUAAUUUCACUCUUGUGAUCAAUAGUCUGCUCAUAAAGAUGACGAUAAAAACCUGACAUAUCUUGCUGCUUUGUCACAUCUCCGAUAGCCUCCAGUCUACUCAUUCUCGCUUCCUCCUCUUCCAUUUUCUUAAAUUCCUCCAGCUUAGCUUUGUACGCUGAUGUGACAAAGCUCUCUUUGUCUGCGUACAUCUCACCUUCCGCUUCGCGUUCCUUCUGCACCAUUCUCUCCACUCGAUGCUCCUGUUCCUGCUUCCUCCUCUGAGCUGUUUUCAAAAGCUUCUGUAUAUACCUAGGCUUCUUCUCCUUCUCCUUCACUUCCGACUGACUUUUGCUUUGCUCCAUAGCAUCAUAGACUUCGUCGUACUGAUAAAUUGUUGGAUCCUCAUUCAGAGCUCUCUGUAUAUCGAGUUUAGUCUGCUUCUUCAUCUUAUUCUUCUCGUUUUCCGCCUUGAGGGCUCUCCUGACCCAGUCGGUGCCGUCCUCCUCGUCAGAGACGUUGUCGUCUCCGAAGACAUUACUGAGCUUCGGUGCGGUUUUCUGUUGCUGCUUCUUCGGCAAAAGUAGACCGUAUCUAAGUAUCGAAAAAAAAAAAUUAAUUAAUUGUCGUACAGAGAUUUUUAUUAUUUUAUUAUUUACUUACUGUUUAUUAGCAGCCAUCGCGCUUGAUUGUUUACUAUUAAAUACAGGGAAGAAUCUAACCUAUUCCCUCACUCCGGAUUGAUUUGUAUUUGACAUAUCAAUCGUAGAAUUCGUGUUUACAGUCUCACGGUCUUUUUAAAUUAUCACGAUUUUUAUAUAUGCAUAAUAAACUAUCGAAGAAAUUUUACAACCUCCUUUCGUUCGAACAAGAGGGAUUUUCAUUACGCGAUAUCUUGCGGUUAUCGCGAUUUAUCGCGCACGAGCCAAUCAGGAACGAGAAUGACACUUAGAUCCAAUUUGACAUUUCACCCCCUCCCCUUCACUCCUUUACGUCUGUCGCGUCGCCCACUCGUUUGAUGGUGCGAACGUCAGCAGUGUAUAUACAUAUACACGGGAGGAUUAGAAAUCCUGUGAUAUGAGUCUUUGACAGCCGUCGAGUUUGACAAGCUGUUGACUCCUCCGAGGGAAUAGCGAGGAUUUGAAGCGCGAGGUCCCUCCUGGGCAAGGAAGAAGGAAGAAAUGGAAAAUCAACGUUGUGCUCUACUGCUCGUCUGCGUCGCCGUGUUCCUCGCCCUGGUGAACAGUCGCCAGCUGAAAAACAGUCGCCACGAGCAUCAGGAUGGCGAUUACGUCACCACGUCGUAUACGCACUACGACGAGCUGAAGCGGCUGUUCCGCACCCUGGAGCAAACGUACCCGCAUCUCGCCCGGGUGUUCUCGAUCGGGAAAUCCGUCGAGGGUCGCGACCUCCUGGUGCUGGAAAUCUCGGAGAAUGUGCGUCAGCGUAACCUCGGCGAGCCUAUGGUCAAAUAUGUCGCCAACAUGCACGGCGACGAGUCCGUGGGUCGGGAGCUGCUCAUCAUCCUCGGGCAGUACCUCCUGGACUGGUACGGCAAGGACGAGCGCGUCACUCGGCUGGUGAAUCAGACCGACAUCUACCUGAUGCCGUCCAUGAAUCCGGAUGGCUUUGAGAACUCAGUGGAAGGAAAAUGUGAGUCCAAAGGGGACUUUUCUGGUAGGGAAAAUGCUAAUCGUGUUGAUUUAAAUCGGGACUUUCCCGAUCAAUUCGAUAGAAGACUGAGUCAAAUUAAGAAGGGAAUGUCUAUAUUAAACGGUCGUCAGAACGAGACGGUGGCAAUGAUGACUUGGAUUUCCAAUGAACCCUUUGUACUCUCAGGAAAUCUCCAUGGUGGUGCUGUAGUUGCCAGUUAUCCAUAUGAUUCUGGUAUUCUAAAGUCAUGUUGCAUAGAAAGUAAAAGCCCAGAUGACAAUUUAUUCAAAUAUCUUGCCCACAUUUAUGCAGACAAUCAUUCAGAAAUGCGUAGAGGUGAUGCUUGUCCACCAGAUAUAUUUCCAGGUGGUGUUACAAAUGGAGCAUAUUGGUAUGAAGUAAUUGGUGGAAUGCAAGAUUAUAAUUACGCGCGUUCUAAUGCGUUUGAGAUAACAUUCGAAUUGAGUUGUUGCAAGUAUCCACCUGGUUCAAUGAUACCAGAUGAAUGGGCACUAAAUAAAGAAUCGUUGAUUAAAUAUCUAGAGCAAGCACAUAUGGGAAUCAAAGGUUUUGUACGCGAUAGAGAUACUGGUAAUCCCAUUGAAAAAGCAAACAUUGUUGUGGAAGGAAUAAAUCAUAAUGUAACAACCACAGCUGAUGGAGAAUAUUGGCGUUUACUACUCCCUGGAACUUAUUCAGUUUACAUCACUGCAUGGGGAUAUGAACCCAGUGAACCAGUAAAUGUGUCCAUACUAGAAGGAACACCGACAAUUCUUAAUUUUACAUUAAGUCGCAGAGAAGUAUCUGACGAACAAGGAAAAGAUACCGUUGAUGAGGUAGUAAGACUCCUCGACAAGUAUGGCUUUUACCAUCCCACGGAGUUCAAGCACCACAAGUACGUUGCGAUGGAGAGAUUCUUGAAAGAGCUGAACACGAAUUACCCAAAUAUCACGAGGCUCUACACCAUAGGCAGCUCCGUGCAGGGUCGCGAGCUCUACGUUAUGGAGGUCACGAAAGAUCCCGGCAAGCACAGUUCCGAGAAACCCGAGGUGAAAUACGUCGGGAAUAUGCACGGAAACGAGGUGGUUGGCCGGGAAAUACUGCUGCUGCUGUUGAAAUAUCUUUGCGAAAAUUACGGAAUCGACGAGAGAGUCACGAAACUGGUGGAGUCCGUCAGACUCCACGUGUUACCCAGCAUGAAUCCUGAUGGAUACGAGAUCUCAAAGGAAGGCGACGUUUUCGGAGAAUAUGGUAGAGCAAACGCGAAUGGUGUGGAUCUUAAUAGAAACUUUCCCGACAACUCCGUUUACGACAUCAAUCAGCAACCUGAGACUGAGGCGGUGAUGCGUUGGAUAGCGAGGAUUCCGUUUGUACUCUCUGCCAAUCUUCACGGAGGUGCGUUGGUCGCGAAUUACCCUUACGACGACGGUCCGCAAAAAUUCGUCGCGAAUCCGAGUCCCGACGACGACGUCUUCCAGAUGCUGGCGAAGACGUACUCCAACGCUCAUCCGCGGAUGCAUCUCGGAGAACCGUGUCCGCCUUUGGUGAAAGGCAGUAAGACGUUUCUCGACGAACGUUUUCCCGAAGGAAUAACGAACGGCGCCGCCUGGUAUCCCGUUUCUGGUGGCAUGCAGGAUUACAAUUACUUGCACAGCAACGCCUUUGAAAUCACGCUUGAAAUUGGAUGCACAAAGUACCCGAACGCCAGCGACUUGCCGAAUUAUUGGCUAGAGAACAGAGAGCCGCUUCUGCGCUUCAUCGAGAUGUCUCACAAAGCCAUACACGGUAUGGUGAGUUCGUCCAUCGGCACUCCUAUACCCCACGCAAAGAUCUCGGUGGAAGGUAUAAAACAUGACGUCUACACCACCGAAGGGGGUGAUUAUUGGCGAUUGCUGGUACCAGGACGGUGGUAUAACGUGACUGUCAGCGCGGUGGGAUACGAAAGUAUCACGCAGAACGUCAACGUACCUGAUCACGGUGAAAAAGAUGCAGAGACAAUUUUGGAUUUUACAUUAAUGCGCGAUGAUCCUCAGCAUUGGUCAUCCGCAUACGAUUUCGAUUUGAGGGCAAACUUGCAGAAUGGUUACUUGAAAAAUUCCGACUUAAGCGCGAGAUUCAGUCAAUUGGAGAACCAUCAGCCUAAUAUUGCGGAAUUUAUAGCCAAUGACUCACCGAUUAACAUGGCCAUUCAUUCGCUGAAGAUCACGCAUAAUAUGGGAUCACCCGACGAGAAUAAGUUCCGUAUCGCGUUGGUGGGAGGAUUGUUCGCUUCCCAGCCAACAGGUAGGGAGAUCCUAUUACGCUUGGCAACUCAUAUCCUCAAGGGAAAUAAGAUUGGGAAUCCGCCGAUCGAAAGGCUACUAGAUAACGCUUUGCUGCAUUUUAUCCCGGGCGUCGAUCCGGCAUUUGAUGACAUAAAGGAGAGUAAAGAUUGCAAUCUUGUGGUCAAAAAUGAAGUGGGAGACAAGUUAUUAUCGCAGAAUAACACUAAACGAAUAGAUAGAAUUACGAAUGCGUUUGAGAAAAUGUUACAGAGUGAGGAUUACGAUGUCGUCGUGAUAUUGGGAGAUGGAACCUCGGAAAUCAGUUAUUUCAACGAUGACCUUAACACAUUUAAAACUCUCGCCGAGAAUUACGAGCAUUCGAGACACAAAGAAAUAUGCAGUUAUUCGAAUAACAACACGCAACGCUUGACGGAUUUCAUACAGCGUGUAUACCAUAUACCUGCGAUGAGCAUAAGUCUGUCAUGUUGCAACUACCCGCCCGCGGAUUCAAUCCCUAUCAUUUGGCGUGAGAAUCUAAAACCGCUUAUGGAACUCGUGCAGAAUCUUGUUAGUGGAAUUCGCGCAAUGGUGAUGGACGAACAUGGUGCGCCACUUCGUGAGGCCAGCGUAAAAGUGGGGAAGAAAAGCUACGGUGUGUCGCGUAAUAUGGCUUAUUUCAAAAUGAUACUAGUACCUGGUGAAUAUACUUUGACUGUCUUCUGCGCGGGAUACGACACGCGUAUGUUGAACGUUUCCGUGCAACAGCAAACUAUAAAUAAUAUCGAUAUCAGGAUGACAUUGCGGAAGAACGCGACGCAUUCGAGUACUGAGAAGUUGAGCUACAUAAAUCAAGCCUUGAGUGAUUUGAAAGCCAAACAUCCGCGACAAACGACUUUGCACACCAUCGGCAAGACCGCAAAAGGUAGCGAGAUCAAGUGCCUCGAAAUCGGUUCCGACAACGACCGGAUAGGACGAUCGUCCAUCGUAUUCUUGGCCGGGGUGCAACGAGCGGAACCAGUCACGUCCGGAGUACUCCUGCAUUUUGCUUUGUACCUCCUGGAUAAUUAUAAAAGUAACGCCACGAUUGCGCGUUACAUCGACGACUUUUCCAUAUACGUAGCUCCGGAUUUCUCGCCUGAUAAUCUUAAUCAAGCGAAUCUCACCUGCUCGUCACCGCGGUCGGACGGUCCUCGACAGUUCCCGAUUAACAAGAAGCUUGACGACGAAGCGGCUAUGAUAACGAAUUGGUUCAAAGACAUUAACGCUGUGUUGGCUGUGAAUCUGAACAGCGGUGCGCGACGCAUAGAAAUUCCAUUCAGUCGCGAAUAUGGAAUGAUGGACGAACGAAGAUACGAAAGCGCCGACGAGAAUCUGUUGCAACAUUUAGCAUCGGUGUACGCUGACGCGAGAGCAAACAAGCUAUCCGAAAGCUCAAAAUGCAAACGAGACUCGAAUAUCGGCGACAAUAGCGUGAUAAAUGCGGGAAUAGGAAUCGGCAGAGGAGGUCAUCCUCUGAUGGAUUAUGUCUAUUUCAAUACGAGUACCUUGAUGAUAGACGUGUACGUUACCUGUUGCAUUACCGAUCAGUCCAGCGCUGUGUGGCAGGAAAAUAAAGAUAGUUUACUAGCUUCCGUCCAAGAACUGAACAAAAGCGUAAGAGGAUAUGUCACCAAUGAAGACGACGAGCCGAUCAUCGACGUCGUUCUAUCUUAUGACAGAUCGCCCCAUGUGAUUAGAAACGGCAAGUCGGGCUUCUAUUCCAUUCUAUUGCCGUCCGGAAGUCACAAUGUAACAGCUACGGCGCCGGGAUAUCACGAGGAAACCAAACUCAUUUCCACGCGUUUGUCCGAAACGAGGAAGUACUCGAGAUUAAUGUUCAAACUCGUUCGUGACGACAACAUCAUGGGGAUGCCAAGACUGGUAUUCGUUAUGAUAAUGGGUAUGAUAUGCUUCGGCGUUGUAUUAUGUUGCAUAUGUAUCUGCACGAAAUGCCAAUCUUCGCAAGAUUCUUCGGAGAAAAGCAGAAAAGGAUACGCGUUCAGUUUACUAAAGGAUGGCAGCAGCUUUUUCGACGAUGAUGAGAAGGAAAUUGUGAUAUUCCGAAAACCAAUAGACGAAAGAUAUUCUUCAAAUGAUAAUGAAGUUACAAGGCCGUAUUUCGACGACGACAAUAGCUCCGAGGACGGCAGCGAUUUAGAGUUUAUUCGGCCUGAACGUGAGUGGAGCGAUAAAAUACCAAGUCAAACGUGAUAGUAAAUGUUUUUGUAUGAUAUAUAUAUACAUAGUUUUUUAUAUUGCAAAAUUUUAAUAUUAUCUUUGAAAUAAGAAAAAUGAACCAAAUGCAAUUAAACGAAUAUAAUAAGGUAGAAAUAAUUGUCAUAAUUUCUACCAAAAACAACAACUAGGGUCCAAGGGUAAAAUACGUACUUAUAUAUAUUAGAUAUUUCUGUGCUACAUUUUGAAAACAAUGUAUGAGAAAACAUUAUUGCGGUACAUAAAUGUUUUAAAAAUGUUUAUA